CCCCUUAAACUCAAUAUAUUCCAUCGAUAAUAUUAUUCCUCCUCAGCCUUAUCAGAUAUAUAUAUAUAUAUAUAUAUCAACCACAAUAACUAGUGAAGCAAAUAAUGGCUUCUUCUUCCAUUUUUGUUGUGACUUUGUUAGCAAUUCUUGUGGUUUUCACAGGGAGUUGUUCGGCACAACUCUCCAAAGAUUACUACUCCAAGAGCUGUCCUAAGGUUUUAAGUACUGUCAGAUCUGUUGUCCAAUCUGCUGUGUCCAAAGAACGCCGCAUGGGUGCUUCUCUCCUUCGCCUUCACUUCCAUGACUGCUUUGUCCAUGGUUGUGAUGGGUCAAUACUGUUGGACGAUACCCCAUCUUUCCAAGGUGAGAAAACAGCACGUCCAAAUGCCGGCUCAGUAAGGGGAUAUAAUGUCAUAGAUGAUAUAAAGUCUAAAGUGGAGCAAGUUUGCCCUGGCGUUGUGUCUUGUGCUGAUAUAGUAGCCAUUGCUGCUCGUGACUCUGUUGCUAUUCUUGGAGGACCACAAUGGGAUGUGAAACUUGGAAGAAGGGAUUCAAAAACGGCCAGUUUGUCAGCUGCCAAUAAUGGACAACUCCCAGGUCCUACUUCUAACCUAAGCAACCUCAUCAACAGAUUCCGAGCUAAAGGUCUCUCUGAACAGGACAUGGUUGCCUUAUCUGGGACACACACAAUUGGCCAAGCAAGGUGUACAACUUUCAGGGACCGUAUAUACAACGAGAACAACAUUGAUAGUUUAUUUGCCAAGACAAGGCAAAGGAAUUGUCCUAAAAUCAAUGGCACAGGGGACAAUAAUCUUGCUCCUCUUGACCUUCAAACGCCCAACUGUUUUGACAAUUACUAUUUCAAGAAUCUCAUCAACAAGAAAGGUCUCCUCCACUCCGAUCAAGUACUUUUCAACGGCGGAUCCUCUGAUUCCUUCGUUCGGAAGUACAGUCAGGACCAAAAGAGCUUCUUUUCCGACCUCGUCAAUGCCAUGAUAAAGAUGGGAGAUAUUGAGCCCCUAACUGGAUCAGCGGGUGAAAUUAGAAAGAACUGUGCUAGAGUCAAUUAAUUUUUCUAUCAUGUUUAAUUAAUAUUGUUUUAGUAGAGGAAAUUUAAACAUGUAUCCGUUAAAAUAUAAGCACUGUUACUUGUCGGUGUAGUCCAAAUCCAAUUUAAGGAUUUUGGAAAGUCAUUUGUUUGUGAGAGUUUAGUUUAUUUUUUGGAUUAUUAUUUCCAACAAACUUUAUAUAAAGCUAAGUUUGUAAUUGUGUAAUUCUGUAUCAUUAUUUGAACCAAAUGAGUGAGUGAUAACAUUUCGAGAUUGUGGUAAA